UCGGAGAAAAUUCGGAGGAGACUUCAGACUUCGAUCUUCCUCUGUGCUCUCAGGGAUUCGAAGCUUCCGAGAAGAACCAGCUCAAACGUGGAAGCGAUGUCUGUCGCCGUCGAGAGUCCAUUCCUGCCGACGCGUGAUCCGCGUACGGAGAACUGGUUUCUGCUCGGGGAUCUCAAACUCUUAUUGACGUUACUCGUCUCUUACAUAUAUUUGGCCAAGAAGGGUAUACCGAAAUUCAUGGAGAGUCGGAAACCAAUGAAACUCGUUCUGGCCUCUCGCAUCUACUCCUCCAUCAUGACUGCAGCCAGUAUAUAUUUCCUCAUGAGGACAUUACCUCGCACGUACUUCGGUGGUGGAUACAGCUUUGUAUGCCAAGGAGUGGAUUACAACGAUCGCUCGGAGCAGACUAUGGAAGUCAUCAGUCUGAUGUACUACUAUCUGUACUUGCGGAUAUUCGAUUUCGUGGGAACGAUGAUCUACGCCUUCCAGAAGAAGACUCAUCGAGUAAACAUGUUCCAUAUCUAUCACCAUUGCAUAUCGGUGGCCAUCGGCGUGUACGGUCUCACCUACGGCGUGGAGGGGCAAGCAGUUUUCGGCGUCUGUGUGAAUAUGUGCGUCCAUGUUCUGCUCUACUCUUACUACUUCCUCGCGAGUUUCGGGCCUAAAGUGCAAAGCUACCUGUUCUGGAAACGCCAUCUGGCUAACAUCGAGCUGUUCCAAUUCCUGGUGAUAUCCUCACAUAUCCUAUUGCCAGUAUUCGCCCGGAGUUGCAGCUACCCGGUGCUACACUCGUUGUCGGGUAUCUCCAUCAUCGCACUCAUGACCAUCUUGUUCCUGACUACAUUCAAAUAGAUGGAGACGGGGCCACCCUUUGUGAUAAAUGUGUAGUCGUUUGACUCCAACCAUGUUUCAUCGCGGUUAGUUUCGAGUAUCUCAGCAGAUGUUUCAUACCUCUCCAAAGUGUCUUGCCAACGUGCCUUGUACUUCAAAUGUUCGACGGCCGAGAAUACAGAGGGCAGAAGUGGUGAUAUAGAA